GAAAAAAGGUACUCCAGUAGAAUAAAACUAUUACCGACUUUAACAAAUAUUGAGAAAAUAUCUCCUAUACAUUUGUGAGACAGAAAUACAUACAUAAAGGAAAGACGAUUAAAGAGGAAAAUCCAGUUUCUUUGCCUCCCAUUCAUCUUUCAAAUCCGUAAACCCUAAUUCUCUUUUGCGACCAUGAGCUACUCUAAUUACGACUCCAGAUAUGGCGACUCAGGCUCCUAUCGCCAGCGUCGCAGUGAUCUAGUGGGUCCACCUCAUAUAUAUUCUCGGCCUAUGCCUGGUGGAGCUGCGGCUAGCUACGGUCGUGGUGAGCCCCUUCCUUAUGGCGGUCCUCAAGCACCGCCUAUGGACUCUGGUGCUAGAGGGGGUAGUGGAAU